AUGUCGUAUUCGAUGUCGCCGCCGGCGCAAAAGCCGCCUCCCUUUCCCUACCAGCCAGCAGGCUCUCCUCCAACUGCGCAGUCGCCGUACGGCGCACCGCCGCCCAAACGACAGAGACUGUCACCGGAUCCGCGAUCACCGCAAAAUGGAACGCCAACAUAUGCGAGCUCUCCACAUGGCUUUCCGCCUUACGCAUAUGGCCCACAGAGUGUACAGUCUCCGUAUAGUCCUUCCAGUUUCGCAGGAUCACCUCAGAACUCCUUCCACACGCCGCAGCCGUACCCGCAUCAGCAGUUACCAUACUCUCCGCAAGCACAGACGCCGCAGCAAAGACCGUCGCAGAUCAGCCCCCCGCCUCCGAACAGUUCGCGAGACAUGCCUCCACCUCCCCGACCGGUGAAGGAAGAGAAGGACAAUGUGGAGGACAUCGGGGACAUGCUGUCCGGUAGUGGCAUCAACUUGAAGGAAGAAGAGAAUUACUUGCAUGGCAUGUGGAACAACAGGUUUGGUGGAGGCGACAGCUUUGCGACGAACCAGUCUACGUCUUUUGGCUCGAGUACGAUGAGCCCGAACAACAGCUUCAACUAUCUCACCCAAGGUACGUCAUUUGGGAGUUCAGGACCAGAUGGUGCCCUUGCUGGAACGCUGGGAAGACCUCAAACACGGGAAGAGAUCGAGGAAGAAGCCAAGAAGAAGCGUGCUGAGGCCGCGAGGAAGAAGGCGGAGCGGGAUCAACACCACCUCAAUAAUCAGUUCUUGGAUUGCAACUGCGUUAGGAACCGGAUGCAUGCCCGAGCAGCUGAAAAUGCGGUGAGGCUUGAUGUACACGGUGUUUAUCUUAGGAAUUCGGAACUACAAGCUCAGGUCUUGACCAACGGCGAAAAGUCUGACGGACUAGUAGAGAUCAAGCCAGAGAGCAAGAUUGAGGCUGGUGUGCCAUAUGAGGCCAUUCUUUCGUUCAUCAGCAUUGCCGCUGGGGAGCGGCUGAGGGGCAUGUUGGACGAAGCAUAUGGGAUAGCGCGUGCAAGACUGUACGGUGACCACGGGCGUGUGAUUCCACCUGAAUUCGCCGACAUUGCUGAGGGUGAGGGCAAGAAGAGUCAAGAAACGGUCGUUCCAGAGAGUGUCACUGGCACGUCAUGGGACAAGACGCAGGACUCAUCAACGGUGGCAAAUGGAGAAGUGAACGGGAAUGGCGGAGGGGACACGCCUCAGCCUGUGCAGACUGUCUCUUUUCAAGGCACGCUCAACGCCCGUCUUCGUGAGCUCGCAGACCGUGAUCGACAGGCUGAGAAGGAACGAUCAAAGAAGCGCGAAGCACGCAAGAAGAAGGCUGCCAGUGAAGGCGGAGGCGACAGCACACCUGCUGAGACACCUGCCGAAACGCCAACUGCGACAGCUCCAGCUGAGGCUGCUGCUCCCGUGAAAAUGACCAAGAAGGAAAUGAACAAGAAGCAGAAGGAAGCUCAGACACAAGAAGUCCACGCUUUCAACCAAUCGAACCAGACCGCAGCGAUGAUGGCAAUGGGAAAGAAGACCAGUAGAUAUUCAUGGAUGACUGGAGGAGCUUCUCAAAUGCCGACCAACCGCUUCGCCAAGCCAUCUGGUGGAACAGCGACACCAAAGGCCCAAGCUGAUCCUGCAUCCUCGGCUGUCAAGAAAGAAGAAGAGCGCGUGCCGACCUGGGGCGACUGGCGAGAAGAUUCGGUCGACGGUAAGGGCAUCCAAUUGCGAGACUGGGCCUGGGUACUCGAGCGAGACGGCAAGCAGAAGAAGGCGUUGCAACGGGCUUUGACCAAGUUGAAGUAG